AUGUCGGUAUACACUAAAACGGAGCACGUGGCAGAGGUGGUCCGCCGCUGCCCCCACCACCAAAAUGAGGACGCUGCAGAAAACAGCAGCCACUUGAUUCGGCUCGAGGGCAGCCAACUGGCACUGUAUUAUGAAGACCCCAACACGAAGAGGCAUAGUGUGACUGUGCCGUAUGAACCGCCUCAGCUUGGCUCUCGCCAUACGACCAUUUUGCCGUCAUACAUGUGCAACAGCUCAUGCAUGGGGGGCAUGAAUUACCGGCCUAUCCUCACCAUCCUUACGCUGGAAACCACUGAUGGUAACGUGCUGGGGAGAAGGUGUUUUGAGGCACGAAUCUGUGCGUGCCCUGGACGGGACAGAAAGACAGAGGAG